AUGCUCCCCGAAGGAGGAGGAGCAGAGGCCCAGGGCUGGCAUCUGGACAUGCAGCUGACGGGCAAGGUGGUGCUGUCUGCUGCCGCCCUGCUCCUGGUGACAGCAGCCUACAGGCUGUACAAGUCAAGGACUGCCCAGGCCCCACUGGGGGGUGGGAACGCCAAGGCUGAGGCCAAGGAGGACGCAGAGGGCUCCAGGCAGCCUGCCAUCCAGGAGGCUGUUUCCGGGGCACCACAGUGGGGCCUGAGACGCCGGAGAGGAAGCAAGGGGGCCGGAGUAUCGCUGGGCUGCAGCUGGGGGAAUCCGGAGGGUUCCGGAGUCCUGGCAACAGGAGCAUCUCCUGCAGACUCAGAAGCCCGAGAGACUGGGAAACCCGAGAGGAAACGUGCUGGUGAGGAGCAGGGUGGGCAGUGCCCGGACUCUGGCCUGGCAACUCCUCGGUGCAGUGGCCGGGAAGCUGGAACAGCUGCUGGCGGUAAGCCCGAGCUGCCCCGUUGCCUCCAUUGGUGCAGUGAACCCCAAAGCUCCCUAGCUGGCCUCGCUGCAGUGGACGGCAGCGGUGUGAGUGGUGAGCUCGCUCCAUGGCGGGACAGCAGAUCCCAGGAGCAGCUGGGGGCCGGGGAGCAGGAAUCCCCCGACCGGUGCUGGGCGGCCCACACAGAAGGCAAGAGUGACAUGAACAAGAGCUGGGUCUUUACCCGUGUGACAGGGGUCCACAGGGAAGAGGCUGGGGCCCUCCGGGCUGCCUUGGACAUGGGCCUGGCCCUGCGUCAGCAGGUGAGAGCCACCGAUGCCUCCUAUACCUUCUUGUCUGUGGCCCGGAUUCGAGUGGAGGAGAAUUUCAUACCGGAGAAGAUGGAGGGGAUCAGGCCCAGGCUGAAGGGCAAGGUGUACGAUUACUGUGUUGAAUCCACCUCUCAGGCCACCUCCAGGGGCAGGCUGGCCCCCAGAACAGCAGCCCUGGCUGAGGCUCCACCCCCUGUGUCAGUGCCAGGCCCCCUGGGAAUGGGGCCAGCCUCGGGAGGCCAGGCCGAUGACAGAGUAGGUGGAGUGGAGACAGCCGCCUCCCCCCAGCCUGUGCUGUCACCCUCCACACAAGGCUUCAGCAGGAAGGAGAGCCUCCUUCAGAUCGUGGAGAACCCGGAGCUUCAGCUGCAGCUCGAUGGCUUUGGGGACCCUGCUCCAUCGUGCCCAGACCAGAGCGCCCUGCCCACCAGCCCCAUAUCCCAGGGUUCUCUUGGGUCCAGCUCAGCUGGAAGCAGCGGGAAGCCCCACCUGCACUUCGUGGCUGGGGCCAAUUUCUUUCACCUCCCUCUCACCCCCGGAUCAGCCCCAGAUGUCCACCUGGAUCUGGGCAAUUGUUAUGAGGUGCUGGCCUUUGCCAAGAAGCAGAGCCUGGAGACCCUGAAGGAAGCCGCCUACAAGGUGAUGAGUGACAACUACCUCCAGGUCCUGCGCAGCCCGGACAUCUACGGGUGCCUGAGUGGGGCAGAGCGGGAGCUGAUCCUCCAGAGACGGCUCCGGGGCCGCAAGCACCUGGUGGUGGCGGACAUGUGCCCCCAGGAAGACUCCAGCCGCCUCUGCUGCUAUGACGACGAGCGGGAUGUCUGGCACCCGCUGGCCCGUCUGCCCCCUGAGGCUGUGUCCCGGGGCUGUGCCGUCUGUAGCCUCUUCAAUUAUCUCUUCAUCGUGUCCGGUUGCCAGGGGUUUGGGCACCAGCCCUCCAACCGCGUCUUCUGCUACAACCCGCUGACGGGCAUCUGGAGUGAGGUGUGCCCUCUGAACCAGGCCCGCCCUCACUGCCGGCUGGUGGCCCUGGAUGGACACCUGUACGCCAUCGGGGGUGAGUGCCUGAACACGGUGGAAUGCUACGACCCUCGCCUGGACCGCUGGACCUUUUCCCCGCCGCUCCCCAAUGACACCUUUGCCCUGGCGCACACAGCCACGGCGUGUGCCGGAGAGAUCUUCGUCACCGGCGGCUCCCUGCGCUACCUGUUGCUCCGAUUCUCGGCCCAGGAGCGGCGCUGGCGGGCCGGCCCCACUGGGGGCGGCAAGGACCGCACAGCCGAGAUGGUGGCGGUCAAAGGCUUUCUCUAUCGCUUUGACCUCAACCGCAGCCUGGGCAUCAGCGUGUACCGCUGCAGCGCCAGCGCCCGCCUGUGGUACGAGUGCGCCACAUAUCGGACCCCUUACCCGGACACCUUCCAGUGUGCCGUGGUGGACGACCUCAUCUACUGUGUGGGGCGCCAGCGCACCCUCCGCUUCCUGGCCGACUACGUCUCACCCAGGUUUGUGCCCGAGGAGCUACAGAGCUUCCCCUCCCCUCAGGGCACCCUCCUGCCCACCGUCCUGACAUUGCCCGGCCCCAAUGUGCCCCAGACCAGGGUCUAGUGGCCC